CUUGGGGAAUGUCAGUGAGUUAUCGCGAGAAGGGACGGAAGCCUGUUGGGGACCGGGCCUUUAAUGUGCGGUUCGACCCAUCUGCUCGGGCUUUCCGCUUGUGUUCUAGGAAUCUGAGAGAAGCUGUUCCAGCCCCUCCAGUUCAUUGCCAUGAAAAGGAGAAUGUGAUUAAACUGCUCACCUUAUGAAAUUUGGCUUACAUGUGAAAUCUGCCAGGUAAUACAAAGACCUGUGGAAUAUGAGUGAUGACAAACCCUUUUUAUGCACUGCCCCUGGAUGUGGCCAGCGUUUUACCAACGAGGAUCAUUUGGCUGUCCAUAAACAUAAACAUGAGAUGACACUGAAAUUUGGUCCAGCUCGUAAUGACAGUGUCAUUGUGGCUGAUCUAACGACUCUCUCCAAAACAGAUCAGACACCAACACCAACUAGAUUCUUGAAGAACUGUGAAGAAGUGGGUUUAUUCAAUGAACUAGCAAGUCCUUUUGAAAAUGAAUUCAAAAAGGCUUCAGAAGAUGACAUUAAAAAAAUGCCUCUAGAUCUGUCUCCUCUUGCAACACCAAUCAUAAGAAAUAAAACUGAAGAGCCUUCAGUUGUGGAGACAACUCAUCAGGAUAGUCCUUUACCUCAUCCAGAGUCCACUACCAGUGAUGAAAAGGAAGUGUCACUUCAGCAGACCGCACAGCCUACAUCAACAAUAGUUCGUCCAGCAUCACUGCAGGUUCCUAAUGUAUUGCUAACAAGUUCUGACUCAAGUGUUAUUAUUCAGCAGGCAAUACCUUCACCAACUUCUAGCACUGUCAUUACCCAGGCUCCAUCCUCCAACAGGCCAAUAGUACCAGUACCAGGUCCUUUUCCUCUGCUGUUACAUCUUCCUAAUGGACAAACUAUGCCUGUUGCUAUUCCUGCCUCAAUCACAAAUUCUAAUGUUCAUGUCCCUGCUGCAGUUCCACGAUUGAAAGCUGCCUUGACUCAGCAGCAUCCUCAGGUCACAAAUGGAGAUACUGCCAAGGGGCAUGCUAGUGGAUUGAUUAGGACUCAGUCAGAGGAAGCCCGACCACAGUCAUUACAACAGCCUGCUACAUCAACUACAGAAACACCGGCUUCCCCAGCUCAGCCCACACCCCAAACCCAAAAUACAGGGGGUCGUCGAAGAAGAGCAGCAAACGAAGACCCUGAUGAGAAAAGAAGGAAGUUUCUAGAGCGAAACCGUGCUGCUGCUUCAAGAUGUCGACAAAAAAGAAAAGUGUGGGUGCAGUCAUUGGAGAAGAAAGCAGAAGACUUGAGCUCACUAAAUGGUCAAUUACAGAAUGAAGUCACCCUGCUGAGAAAUGAAGUGGCACAGCUGAAACAGCUUCUUCUGGCUCAUAAAGAUUGCCCUGUAACCGCCAUGCAGAAGAAAUCUGGCUAUCAGACUGCAGAUAAAGAUGACAGUUCUGAAGACAUUUCAGUGCCAAAUAGUCCACAUGCAGAAGCUAUUCAGCAUAGUUCUGUCAGCACUUCCAACGGAGUAAGUUCCACCUCCAAGGCAGAAGCCGUAGCCACAUCCGUUCUCACCCAGAUGGCGGACCAGAGUCCAGAGCCAGUGCUUUCACAGAUCGUUAUGGCUCCACCUUCCCAGUCACAGCCUUCAGGAAGUUGAUUAAAAACUUGCAUUGCAACAGUUUCUUAGAUAUACAUUUGUGACUUUAAAGGGAAAUCAAGACCAGUCUCCAUCUAAAAAAAUAUGUAGCUUAAAAUUACUCAUUUUUAAAAUUUAAAUUUAAAUUUGGCUUUAAAGAUGGGCAGAUGAAGAGGAGACUGAACAGCAGUUUCUAGUCUCCUUGCAGAAGAUGGAUUUUUUUUUUAAAAAAAAAGAUGAUUUACUAGUUAUUUUCUGUGCUCAAUGUGUAAAGUGUGUGUAAAGUACAAUGUGGUUUAUUUCACUUUUAAUUUGGUAUUAUUUCAGCCAACUUUGGGGUGAAUUAUUAAAGCUCAUCCCCAAGACUGUGAUAGUAAUAUUAUGUGACAUUUUAUACCAAAGUUCUGCAUAGUCCCUAUUGACUUUGUAAUGUUGGCAAGGUCAUAAAGCACUAGGCAAGAGAAAAAGACAGUAAUAGUACAUUUGCUUUUAGUCUUUUUGCCUUUUUAUUGUUUUGCACAUUAUGAGAGAGAGAACAUUGGGAGAAAAUGUUUGCUUUGUAUCAUGUGUAGCAUUUUGUUUAGCUUAUUAACUGUUUUGUUUGGUUGGUUUUUUUUUUUUUUUUUAUUGUUUAACAGGGCCAGUAUGGUGUAGGGACAUACAGUACUUUUGUGCACAUACCUAAACUAGAUGAGGGUCAUUACUAACUAGAUUUUCUUUAAAAACUGAUGCCAAUUUUUUCAACACUUUAAUUUUAAAGCAGGAGCUUUAUUUCUGCUGUCAAAACAAUGGUCUACAACUACCCUUUGUUGGUAGGCUAGUAGAAAACAGUAAAAAGAUAUUGUACAAUACAGGGUUAUCAAAUAUGGAAUACUUUUCAUAGCUAGCUUGAUACGUUGUGGAUUUUUGAAUCACAGACUAAGGAGUUUACUCAUAUACGAGUAUGGAUGCCAGAAAAGCCUAAAAAACCUUUGUUAAACACUUUUUCCCUUCUUCUUUAUCAUGGUCUUGUAUUUGCAAGCUAACUUGUACUUAAUUCUUGUGAAAGCACUGUCAUCUUUUAGUAGCAAAAUUUUGAUACCUUUCUUGUGGAAAAAUCAGUAUCUACCAUAUCUUGGAAACAAUGUAAUUAUAAUGUGGCAUGUAUGUGCGCGUAUGUGUGUGAGGAUGGUUCAGUAGUUUAUGCCAGCAAUCUUUGCUUGAAUGUUUAAAGAUGCCUUCAAUGUGAUGCUGGCUGAUAGAUUGCAGUUUAAAAAUGUUAUUUACAGUGUGAAUUUGGAUAACUAACAUUCCAUGAUGUACGUUUGUUUCUGAUGAGAUGAUUGUAGGUACACUUUUUCUCAUUAUCCAGUCGUCUGUAGGAUAUUGAGUUUUUUAAAUGUGCCAUUACCUAUUUGGAUUCUGUACUCAUGUUCAAAAUACAGUACAAUAUUUUACAACAGAUUAUGUUGGGGGGAAAAAAGUAGAUGUGUGCUUUCAGGUCAGAAAACUUCGUAUAAUAGCAAAAGAGUAGCAAAUUUUGGCAGUAAGACAGGAUUCCAUUAUGUAUAUAACAAAGAUUUAAUGCAUUUAUAAUGGGUUGUGUAGUUCAUUUUCUCUUCCUUCUCCAUGCUACACUGUUUUAAAUCUCAGUGCUAUCAAAUUCCUUAUGAGAUUCAUUUUUAAAUCUAUGAAAUGUAAUUGGUAAUACAGAGGAAGAACAUAAUUUGUAUAAUAUACAAUCAUACUAUAAUCAAAACUGGACAAAGACAUAUCUGAAUUGUGUGUAUGUCAUUUCAGUGCUGUAAGUGUGAAAAUAGGAAUUCUAAAUAUUUUGUAUUUUAAAAACAAGGAAGUAAUUUUUGAGUUGAUAAAUCCAUAUGUUUAAAUACUUUUACCAGUUUCAUGGGGGAAAAAGUUAGUUACUAAAAAAUUCCGCAGUGGUAAAAUAUACCAUAAGUCUUGUGAGAAGGGAAUUUAUCUCAAAGGCACAAAAUGUGAAUUACACAGGAAAGCUAUACAGUUACUAUGUUUCAUUGUAAUUUUGGUGAACUAGAUAAAACCUCAUUGGUUACAAUAUCAUUCUCUUUCCUAAACACUAAGGCAUUUUUUAUCUUAUUUAUGCAAGUGAUUUUUUUUAAUAAAACUGUUGUGCCUGUAAAAUAAGUCUACAUAGGUGUGAGAAGACAUGUAAGCAUUUAACGAAUGGGGUUGGGAAAAGAACCAUAAUAAACAUGUCUGUGUUCAGCAAAUAGAGAAAACCGUUAUUAGUUGUACAACCAUGAAUUCCGUUUUGAUACAUGUGUCACACUACUUCUGUACUUAUCAUUUCAAGUCUUUACAUUUUAACAUUUCACAAACUGUACUGUUUUCUUUUAUGUGCAAUUUGCAUGAGUAAAUCAUCAGAGAAUAAUCUUUAAAUUAUGUUCCUAUUUUAAUGAAAUGACAACUGUUCUAAAAAGGUAGUGGUGUACUCAGACUUCUUUCUCCAGGGUUUUUUUCUCUAAUGGUUGUUAGCAUUUAUGUGGAACUCACCACUAAAGUGUCAGUGUAACAUUAGAUAAACAUAGAAGAACAUCCCUGUCUUCUAGAGAAGGAGUCAAAUUCCAUUCCUCUACCCUUGGAUUCAAACUACUUUGUUUAGAGGAAUUAUUCUUCCAUCAUUAGUUCCAGGAGCGGAAGAUGGACAUCAGAAAGGAGUCUUGCAACAUGACCCGUAGGUCACUGAUGUGGUUCAACCUGAUUUCUGUUGGCAGUGAGUUCCAUAGCAGAGUUUAAUUUUUUUUUGUCUCUCAGCUAAUAAUCUGUAAAGUUACAAAAGUAAUGUAAAUCUACAGCUAACUCAUAUAAUCCCUUAAUAAAUACAGUAAGUAUGUAGAAAAUAGAGGUGGGCAAAUACUACAAAAAUUAUGAGCAUUCAAAUUUAAAAAUAAAAUGUUCCCCUUUUGUUUGCUUUUUCUGAA